AUGUCGAACUCGUUUUGGGGAUUAGUCUCUCUCGUUUCCAUCCUCCACUGUGUCGCUGCUCUCCGAUGUCGUCCAGACCAAACCGAGACACUUAAACGUUUCAAAAACGAGUUUCAGUUCUCCAGCAUCUGCAGCGACGACAUCAACUUCUUCAGCGGUGUGGUUUGCGAUAACACGACUGGUGCAAUUACGUUUCUUGAACUCCCCGGUGGAUGUUUACGUGGAACUCUGAGACCAAACAGUAGCCUAUUCGAGUUAAGUCAUCUCCGUCACCUAAACCUCUCUUUCAACAACUUCGAUUCUUCUCCCUUGUCCUCUGCUUUUGGUCAACUCAAAAAUCUUGAGGUUUUGCUUCUCUCCUCUAAUGGCUUUGCCGGCCAAGUUCCUUCUUCGAUACGUAACCUACCCAAAUUAUCCAAAUUACAGCUUUCCCACAACAAGCUCACUGGUAGUUUAGAUCCAUUUGUACAGAAUCUAACCAAGCUAGAUCUUUCUUUUAAUCAAUUCUCUGGAACCAUACCUUCUUCUCUCAUCACCAUGCCUUUCCUGUCUUUUCUUGAUUUGAGCGACAAUCAUCUCACUGGCUCAUUUGAAAUCACUAAUAUUUCUUCGUCUAACCUCGAGAUUUUACUACUUGGGAAUAACCAUUUUGAUGCAGAGAUCAUAGAUCCUAUUUUAAAGUUGGUUAAUCUCCAGUAUCUCAGCCUCUCUUCCUUAAACAUAAGCCAUCCGGUUGACUUAACAAUCUUCUCUUCUCUCCGAUCUUUGUCAUACCUUCAUCUUUCCAGAACCAGUUUAACACCAUGGAGUGUGAAUUCAAACAUCGGAGUUCCAAAGGAUAUGGAGAUCUUGAUCUUGUCCGGAUGCAACAUCAGUGAAUUCCCCAGAUUCUUGAAGUCCUUAAAGAAGUUAUCGUUUUUAGAUCUUUCCAACAACAGAAUCAAAGGGGACAUUCCUGAUUGGUUAUGGAGUCUUCCUCUUUUAGCCUCUCUGGAUCUUCACAACAAUUCAUUCACCGGAUUCAAAGGUUCGCUGGAUCAUGUUUUAGCCAAUUCAUCGGUACAAAUAUUAGAUAUUGCUUCAAACUCUUUCAAAGGUUCAUUCCCUAAUCCACCGGUCUCCAUCAUCAACUUGGCUGCUUGGAACAAUAGUUUCACAGGAGAGAUACCUCUCUCAGUCUGUAACCGAACCGCUCUCGAUCUUCUUGAUCUAUCCUACAACAACUUCACCGGCUCAAUCCCUCCAUGUAUGGGUAAUUUUACCAUAGUGAAUCUCCGGAAAAACAAGUUGGAAGGAAACAUUCCAGACGAAUUCUAUAGUGGUGCUUUGACACAGACAUUUGAUGUUGGAUACAACAGGCUAACCGGAAAGCUUCCAAGAUCACUCUUGAACUGCUCUCUCCUAAGGUUUCUAAGUGUGGAUCACAACAGAAUCAAUGACUCGUUUCCCUUCUCGCUCAAGCCAUUGCCAAAUUUGAAAGUCCUUAUUCUCCGUUCAAAUAGAUUUUGGGGUCCUAUAUCUCCACCUGAUGAGCAAGGUCCUCUUGCAUUUCCCAAGCUCCAAAUACUUGAAAUAUCGCAUAACAGAUUUACCGGAACAUUACCAAUAAAUUACUUUGCGAACUGGAGUGCAACAUCCGCCAAGAUGAAUGAUGAAAAGAGGCUAUAUAUGGGAUUUUAUUCGUAUGAUCAGUUUGGCUAUGAAGAUACGUUGGAUUUGCAAUACAAAGGUCUAUACAUGGAGCAAGGAAAAGUUCUUACUUUCUACUCUGCCAUUGAUUUCUCUGAUAACAAACUCGAAGGAGAGAUUCCAGUAUCUAUUGGUCUUUUGAAUACAUUGAUUGCCCUCAACUUAUCAGACAACUCAUUCAAUGGACAUAUCCCUAUGUCUUUCGCCAAUGUGACUGAGCUCGAGUCAUUAGACCUGUCAGUUAACAAUCUUUCAGGGGAGAUUCCACAAGAACUCGGGAGACUAUCGUAUUUGGCAUACAUAGAUGUGUCUAAUAAUCAGCUCACUGGUAGAAUACCACAAGGGACACAAAUCAUAGGUCAGCCUAAAUCCUCAUUUGAAGGGAAUCGAGGGUUAUGUGGUCUUCCUCUUGAAGAAAACUGUUUAAGGGAAGACACACCAUCCACACAUGAGCCCAAAGAAGAAGAUGAAGAAGGAAUAUUGGAGUGGAGAGCAGCAGCAAUAGGGUAUGGGCCAGGAGUGUUGUUUGGACUGGCAAUAGGACAUGUUGUUGCAUUGUACAAGCCUUGGUGUUUCAUCAAGAUUGAUGGUCAGAACAUUCUCAGAGGCAUCAGACACCUUUAG